UUCUUGGAGGGCCUUUCGGUGCUAAUUGAAGAACCUUCAUUGUUUUUUAUUAUUUUCGUAUUUCUUUCCGUUAAACAUUGAACACUGGAAUCAAUUGGUUCUCCGCCUUAAUCUGAAUAAUUGAUCUCCCAGUUUCCUACAUCGACAGAAAAAGAAAAAGUUAAAGCCUGCAAUUGCUGACUUUGUAUGCCCCCUCCCUCUCUUUCUCUGUCUUUUCAUUUUAUUAGCACCGAAACCGCAUUUACUCCAUUUGAUUUCAUGACAAAUAGUCAGGUGUUAGUCUAAGGUGCAGGUAACAGUGCUAUUCACUAUGGCAAUUGAAGUAAUCAGCCCAAGAAUCUCGUUUUCUUACUAUCUCAAUGCAGAAGCCAUUGAAGAACAUCAUCACCAUCAUCAUCACCAGAGUUCCGAUUUCGUUUUCAAUUUUGGCGAUAGUUUUGUCCAAGAAUUGUCUUCAGCUGAUGAGCUCUUCUCUAAUGGCAAGAUUCUACCCAUGGAAAUCAAGAAAAAGCCUGUUGUCGCAAAGCCUGUUCCUGUUCCUUCUCCUCCCAAGAAAAGAUUGAAGGAAUUUUUAUCAAUGAGUAUUGAUGAUGCAGAUGACAAGCCUGCAUUCAAAUCUUUGUGGCAGUUCAAGAGAAGCAUUAGCCUCAACUCUGGAACCAAAACCCUAAUCCGCUCUCUUCACUUUCUUUCCCGGAGCAAUUCAACUGGUUCAGCUUCAAAUCCAAAACCAACAAUGCUUUCGAAAGAAACCGAGAAGCAGCAUUUGCAGAAGCAACCAUCUUUGUCAACAAAAUCAUCGCACUCACAUUCUUCUGGUGCAUUUUAUGCUUACACUAAUUCUACUACACACAAGUCUCCAUUAAAGAGCAGCAAUUGUGGAUCAUAUGGAAAUGGAGUUGGAGUCAAUUCUGUUUCGAUUUCCAAUGUAUCGGUGGUGAGUUUUUUUGGGUUUGGUUCACUCUUCUGUAACCCGAAGGGUAAAAAGAAGAAAAAAUGAAUACAUUACUUCUUAGUUGAGUUUAGCUGUCCGUGAACUAGCAUAUCUGUAAAUUGAAGAGAGCAAGAACCCUAAUAUUCAAGGUACCAUGGAUAUCCAUUUACUUU